UUUUAAUCAAUAAACUUUUUCUCUCAUUGCCCUACCUGCUCCCCUUUUCUUUUUCGUUUCCCCUUGGAAUCACUGAAUCGAGUCAGAAAUUUAUUGUUGUGACUAGGCGGUAUGAGUUCAGAAUCACAAUCUGGUCCUCCUAAGCAAAGGCUAUCGUGUUCCAAGCGUUUCGACGCUCUUUGGUUCUGCUAUUCACCCGUCCAUCAGAUGCAGCAGUAUUAUCGCCUGGGAUUUCUUGAUAACUGUUAUUCAAAAUGGAGUGCUCUUUACGACUGUUUAAUGCUCAAAACCAAACCCGCUUCUGAAGUUGAGAAAAUUCUGGAAACUCGUGAGAAGGAGAAGCCUCACAUCUGGACAUUUCGGACACCCGAAGAAGCUGCAUCUCACUGGGAAAAUCUGUUUGGACAUUUAGAUGAAAAGGAAUGAAGAAUUUUUAUAACCCCUCACUGCUUCAGAUUUUGUGUUGCUGCUUAUAAUUCAAAGAAUAUGUGAUGAUAUUGUUUAUCAAAUCCAACAACUGAUUGAUUAUUGAAGGUCAAUGUUACAGAAAACCAAGUACAGUUGAAGCUAAAAAUGUUGCUCUAUCAUCUUCAUCCA